AUGAGCCUCGCUCGACUUCGGGUGCUGCGGCCGGCCUGGCCGAUGCUGCUUCCGCACAAUCGUUGGAGCAAGAUCCUCGCAAAACAGACGCAUCAUCGUCCAGACAAGCCGCAUGGAAAAACUGAAGCGGUCAAGUUGGCAGUACUUCAUCCGAGAGACAUUCCGCACUAUGAUUUGCGAGAUCUUCCCGAGGAGUUUGAAGUUUUGCGACGUGACAAGCACAGCGAGGUCCACAAAUGGAUUGCAGCAAUUACAAAUGCCAUCGGCGACAAGUGCGUCGUGCAUCCGGACAGGUUGAAAGACAAAGAUCACUUUCAAAUCAUAUUCAGCGGGAUGGUCUACUUUCUGCACGCUCCAUCGAAUCAUAAGCAGGAUGGGCAUGAGCUCAGCUCCCAUCAAAAGAGAAGCCUUCUCGAUGCCCUGGCACACAUGGGCGUUUUCGGCCACCAACGGGCGCCGACUGUGCCAGCCGUGGGCUCGAGUGGUAUUCGUGACCCUGAGGCGAUCGCUGACCGCCUUACCUACCUGUUGUCAGCAUCCUCUCCACCAGGUGCUCUCAGGAAGCUCUGCGAGAUUUUUCGCUUGGUCGGAUCACACGAUGUUCGACUAUGUUUGCGCGCACGUGGAUGGCUUCCAAAGUUGCUGUCAGAGACGGCCACUUUCUGGAAGCAGGCCUCGUGUCUGUCAGAGUCGAGCUCUUCGAAAGCGGCGGACUUCUGGCGUGGAGGAAUCUGGUACUCUCUCAGCGCGGAUUGCGGUGCCGCUUGUGACAUUCUGGAGGUGUCCUUGGAAGAAAUUUUAGCCUCAGCCGAAGAUCAUCAUUUCGCUGUGCAACGAGAUGUUCUGAGAUGCCAAGCCAAGCCAGAGACAGCAAGCCCAAAAGGUGGCUUGCUGAAGCGACGCAGAUCCGGCCAGAUGGUCGUGAGGCCGCCGAGCAUGAACAAGAAUGAUGACAACAGCCAGCGACGCCUCAUUGGGAACACUGAUAGCGCAACGCGAGGAAGGGCCGCAAGUGGAACCGCGACCGGCUUGCUGCUCGUACCUCUUACCAGUGCAUGCCGACGCGUCUUGCGGGGCACGAGAUGCACCACGAGAGUGUUGCGUGGUGCUUCCGGCCAUGUGGCAAGCCCCCAUCUUGUCCAUGGCACCUGGUACGACAAAAUUGGCACACCAGAGACACCGGCGACGGAGAGCAUGCCACCAUCUCAGCCAAGCCUGCACUUAUUGCAGGCUCAUCGUGACUCUUUCAAGCACUUUCUGCAAGAUUUGUUUCCCUUCGAGCUGGGGAAAAUGGCUCGAAGAGUGCAGCUCUCCGAAGAUAGCACUGUCUUCAUAUCAAAGCAUGAGGCUGAGCUCAGAGGCAUCGCAGUAGCAGGGAGGAGUCAAACAGCGUCCGAACUUGUGGGAGUGAGGCUUUCCAAUCUGUUGCCAACCACAUUGCACGGCCAACGCUUUGCUUCUCAGAUAUUGGCCGAUCGUGUCUACUUCCUGCAAAACUCCGGAUCUGCAGAUGUGGCUGAGAUGAGGGGUGAAACAUACCUUGCCACAGCCUUCGUCCCCAUGCAAGUAACCGACUGCGAAACAGGUCUUGUGUUCACCGUGCAAGUGAAGAUCGGCAGCUUUCCAAUGCUGACAGAGUAUGCCAACCUUGUCAUUUCAGGAAAUCCCUAUGUGAUUGCACACCGGCUGGAGCGAAGUUCUGGAGCAUACUUCUCCAUUGACACCACGACACAAGGAGAGUCUGUGCACAUGAUUGAGCUUGUCACGGAGGAGUAUUCUCGGAUUCGAUGUAGAUGCAUGCUUGCACCAAAGGAGGAAGACAAACUGUCACUUCAGGUCCUCAUGCCGAAAAGUAAUGUGCCUUUGCCUGCAUGUCUGGUGCUUUUGGCAUUGGGUGUGAAGCCAGAAGAAAUCAAGGGGGCAAGGAAUGCAGCGAGCAUUUGGACAGAAGAGCAUGAUCUUCUAGAGCAUAACCCGGAUCAUGAUGCUUGCUGGUUGGCCGCUGACGAGCUGUGCUUCAUUUUAGGUUUGGACACAGACAACUACUUCGAAGGUGAUCCCGUGGCCGCCUUCAGCUUCAAGACCUCAUGGUCGUUUUCGAGCCGGGUUGGUCCUUUGGGAAGGCGGCGCUUGAACGAGCGACUGGGGCUGGACGUUUCAGAGCAGCACUUGACCCCAAAGGACUUCCUCGCAACAUUCGAUCUUCUGGCGGGCUCGUUCUUGGGCAAGGAUUCGUUGCAAGUUGAUGAUAUCGAUUCUUUGGUCAAUAAGAGGCUGCGCUCGGUUGGCCAGAAGAUGCAGGGCCUUGUGCGCGACUGGCUCUUGCAGUUUGGUCAGGCAGCUGAAUGCCUUCCAAUCAAGAUAGAUGCCGUGCAGGGCACUGGAGCUGUGUGCACUGAGCAGAGAGAAGUUCGCGAACUGGAUAAGUUCUGUGUAGCACAGCUUUGGAAGGAGAACAACAGACAACUCUUCGAAUCCGUCAAUCCUCUUUCGGAGGUCGUGCAAGCUCGUCGGAUCACUCAGGUAAGUGAGCUGGGACUGGACAAGAUCAAGAGAAUACAGGGCAUCCGUCUAAUUCACCCAAGCCACUAUGGGCGCAUCUGCCCUAUUGAAACAGGUGAAGGCAUGAGCGCAGGAAUUGUUAUGGCAAUGGCCUCAAACACUCGCGUUACAUCUGACGGAGAGUUGGAGGCACCCCACCAGGUAGUUUCACAGGGAGUGCAGCACCUGAGUCAACCUUGGAAGUAUUUACUGGCACAGGACCAAUUCAGCCAUCGAGUGGCUCAGUUCGAUGUGGCCCAUGCAGCAGAUGGAACCUUGCUGGCACCGCAGAGACCAGAAAGGGGAGGCGAAAGAGUCUCCGCUACAGCUACACCUGACACCUUGAAAACACCAGAAAGUGUCACAAUGACGCAUCUUGGUCUGUUCGGGUCAUGUUCACCAGCUCAGGUUGAGUAUGUCGCUUGUGGGGCUCCAAUCUCCGUGGCUGUUGGUUUGAUACCUUUCGUCGAGCACGACGAUGCUAACCGAGCCCUGAUGGGGGCGAAGCAUCAGCAGCAAGCAGUGCCAACACUUUGGCCGGAGCGCCCGGUCGUGGGCAGCGGCAUGGAAGCGCAGGUUGCCACAUACAGUGCACGGACGACAUUUGCGGGCAUUGAUGGACAUGUUCUUUACUGCGACGCGGCCAAGGUAGUUACCGUUUCCUGUACUGGUAUUGUUCAGAUCAGGGAGCAGGUCCAGAACAUGCGGCAAAGUCUUCGUGCACAUUAUCUCGACGGGGCGCAACUGAGCCAGUGGAUUCGAUUUGACGAUUUCUGCGAGCUUUGCACACGUCUUCCUUACGCUCAGCUUCAGAAGCUAUACAAUGAUGUAGCUGUUUCCACACCAAACAACGAUCAGAAGAUCCAGCAGAGAUUGCAUGACUGGUCUGUCAGGGCUGGGAUCAAUCCAUCACGAUUCUCCUUCAUGCUUCCAGAGGGUGUUCAGGAGGAAGCGCCUCUUCCAUCUGGCUGGGUGGAAACGGAAUAUUGCAUUCACACUCAGAUGAUGCAUCACCUAAUAACAGACUGUGCUUCCACAAAAAAACAUACUUUGGCCCAUGACACCGUUACUGUCCGUGCGAAUGAGGCAGUUUGCUCAGGGGAUAUCAUUGCUGAAGGACAAGGUAUUGCUGGUGGAGAGCUAGCCCUUGGCAAGAACCUCGUUGUUGCAUACAUGCCUUAUGAGGGCUACAACUAUGAGGAUGCCAUUGUCAUUUCUGAGAGAUGUGUUCGUGAAGAUAUCUUGACCUCCGUUCACAUCGAAGAGCUGACCUUCGAGCUUGACGAAGACCAUGUGCUUAGAAAUCCAGACGGGUCCAGGGACGGGGACUACAGGGACUACGACUACAUGUCCAAUGGCAUGGCCCGUGAGGGUGCAUGGCUAAAAGGCGGGGAUGUGGCGAUUUGCGCGCACGUGAACAACGCGAACAAUGCGGGCGAACUGCCGGACAUAGGCGAACUGCCCGACAUGGGCGAACUGCCGGACACGGGCGAACCGCCGGAGAUGGGUGGGUUGCCGGACACGGGCGAACUGCCGGACACGGGCGAACUGCCGGACAUGGGUGAACCGCCGGACAUGGGCGGGUUGCCGAACACGGGCGAACCGCCAGAGAUGCCGAAGCCAAGAAUGGUUUUGGUUCCAGACGACAUUCAGGGCCGAGUGAUUGAUUCCAGCGUCUGGCACACGGAGACCGUGAAGUUUGGUAAGGUCACGAAGGUGCAGGUUGCAAAGGUGAUGCUCGCCGUUUUCUGUCGGAUACAGGUCGGGGACAAGCUCUCUGGUCGGCAUGGAAACAAGGGAAUUGUAUCAAAAAUAGUGCCGGUUCAGGAUAUGCCUUACUUGCCAGACGGCACUCCUGUGGACGUUUGCUUGAACCCUUUGGGCGUUCCAUCUCGAAUGAACGUCGGGCAGAUUUUUGAGAACAUUCUCGGCAGUGCGGGGAGAUGGAACGGUGAAGAGUACCGAGUUGGAUCUUUCGAUGAGAUGUUUGCAGAGGAAGCUUCACGCGGUUUGGUCUUCGAAGCCAUGCGACGGGCACAACUCGGCUCGGGCAACAAGUGGUUGUUGGAUGCUGCAUCACCGGGCAAGACUCGCAGCAGGGGUGGUGGCCUGCGCCUGGGGGAAAUGGAAGUCUCUGCCCUCAUCGGGCACGGAGCAGGAGCAACCUUGCAGGAGUUAUUGACCGUAAAGUCCGAUGACUUGCAGGGCAGGCAGGAGAUCUUUCAACGUUUAUCCCAAGGGAACGACAUUGUGCUUCCCAAGGGUGCUACUUCGGAGGGGUACCUCGCCUUCAGUCGAGAGCUUGCAGCAAGCGGCCUGGUUCUCUCAGAAGGGGCGUGGUCAGACGACGAGUUGCUAUAG